UUACUGUAAGUUCAAGUGUUCAAGCUAUCUGAGGAUCAAUUCCGACAGGAAAGCUUCCACGAUAUCGGGGUGGUUGUCUUAGAGAUAGGAAUGAUGAGAACUGUAACGUUAUCCUAGUUUACAUCCCGCGGGGGCUUUUUAAUCUGUUUGAACACAUUGCUGCUCUCUCACCUUGAGAAUAAAUAGACUGACUUUGAAGUCGAAAACAUCGCUGAGAUUCAAAUAGAUUUCGAGGAAGUCAGUAACUCAUUUCGUUUUCGGGACCGACUUGUCAACUAGGAGUCUCGAUUGCUCAGCUUAGAUCACGAGUACAGGCUGGGCGAUUCAUACUUCACGAAGAAGGAAGGCCUAUUGUUGGUCUCCAAAGCGAAAAAGUCAUUGUAGUCGUAGUUGUUUCCUCAUUUGCUAAUUAUUAGAGAAUGUUUGCAGUCCUAUCGGCGGUACGGUCUGUAUCCCAAGCACAUGCAUGGGACAUUCUGGGGGAUACCAUUUAUGCACUAUCCAGCAAGAUUGCGUGAAUUGUACUCAAUCAGACCUAGGCAGGUGUUGGUGUCGGUGGCUUGCCACGCAAGCUCUGUUUCUUGCAUAGAAGCUGCUGUGAUCGGCUAGUUUCUUCUAUAUCAGCAGAAUUUCCUUCACUUCUCUUAAAUCAGAAGACUACUGUGGCAUUUGCAAUCUAAACUUGGACGAUUGGGAGUUUAAAUCGGGUUUCUGAAGUUAAUGGACAGUAAACGGUAACUGGAGACCAUUCUGUACUUUUCUUCCUUUCUUCGUGCGAGUCGCAUAACUGCUAUCCCCACAGAAUCAUUUGCGACGAUGGCUCUUGGCUUCGACCAUUUUAAUCAUGAUAGAAGAGGAGAUGAGAGCAGGAUCUCUCGUCGUCUGCCUUCUACUUCGAGGAGGAGCACACAGAAUAUUCACGCCGUUACUGGAGAGGAGUCCUUGGCCACUUUCAAACGAUACAGGAAGGCACGACCUUAUGUUCGCUCAAGCACGCACAAAUUGAAGUGGACGCUUGACCUGCACCAAAGUUUCAUGUGCGCCGUGAAUCGGCUGGGCGGAAAAGACAAAGCCACGCCAAAGAGGAUUGUCCAAUGCAUGGGUAGGGACGGAAUCACCAUAGCUCACGUCAAGAGCCAUCUUCAGAUGCUGCGAACCGGAAGGAUUAAUGAAGAAGGGAUGAGCAGUGCCGACUCAUUUCCAGUAGCGGAUCGCCAUCCAGAAGAUUCUGAAUCCUGCAUGACGAACCUAUCCCCUACUGAGCGACAGGCAGAUCUCUUGAGGGAAGCAAUUGAAGUGCUCAAGGAGCUACAGUCGCGGAAGUAUGGACUACUUUUUGGAGCAGCGGAAGCUGAGACGUUGCAGAGAAGAGUUGCUGAUAGUGAAGCUUUCCACAAGCAUCUGGAUAACCUUGAGACUCACAUGUUUGUCCCCGGAAAGCCGCUGGAUGAUGUCGUAUCCGAAGAGACGUCGACGACACCUUUCUGGAAGCGUGCUCAGCAUGUGGACGCCGUCGAAUGCGCCACCGGCAGAUACAGAAACGAUGAGGAGCCCCUGGAGCUGAAUCUUACGAUGGCUACUGGAGCACGGCAUCUCAGACAUCACUGAGGUGGUUUCAACAGCGGUAACCAACAUCGUGAACCUCGCCAACAGAGCCAUCUGUACAUACGAUGAUCGUGGACACGGUGUUUGGAUUGCUAGUUUGAUUUUGUUUCACGCGAAACAAAUUGUAAUUGUAUACCAAUUUUUUAUAUCCAAACGGAGAAUGCUCAGUAGAAUCACUCGCCUCAAUUGGGUUCAUUGUCACUUUAGGCAUGUUCGAUAUUUCCGAUGAAUCAGCAUCAGGAUGUACACGAGAUAUCGAGCUAGUAACGAUCUUCACAAGGCUUAAGAAGCUAGAUUUUUUUGUGUACACAGAUUAUGGGUCCAGUAAAUGAUAAGCUGGAUUUGCACAGGAUCAUAAACUCUAGGAAUCUGCUGCAAUCUAUAAGCAGUUCUCACCGUCACGAUAAAAAAAAGAAAGUGUUGAAUGGAUCAAGAGUUGUCACUCCAACCAAAACGUUAAUUCCCAGACGAGAUUGUCUUUAA